CCAAUCACGACGUAUGGAGGCGCGUGACGUCAGCAGCCGUCGUGAGGGGAUUGGAAUGCUACAAUGUAACAAUCGCAACUGGACGCUUCAGAUUAAAGCGCUGGAAUGUAACAUUGUAUCAUCGGCGUCGUGAAAGCGUUCUGAAUGUACCAGUGAACAGAAGCGCGUGUCUGUGAUGUUCUCGCGACCCUUUUCAAAGCAACAUCUGCGCGACUGAAAAGGAUGAUUUAUCAUGUGAGAAUACAUGGAUUUGUGGGGAUUUAUCUGCUCGGGAAGUUUUUGACAGGGUCCUUCUGACCCACACACAUCACGUGGGAAAUUCCUCAGAUUUCUGGAUUUCAAGAGCACUUCUCCGAAAGUACUUUCUGAUGCUUCCCAUUGCUCCAGAGCAGCUCCGAUGGUCCUCAGGCAGUAGUUUAGAUGCUGUCUAAUGUGAUCCAGGCACCGGAGAGGAGAGAGAGCUAGAUCCACAGAAAGGGGUUUAGUUUAAGUCGCCCACAUGCUCUGGAUUUGGGAUUGGAAUCAUAAGGUGGAAGUCGAGAGCAUCAAAUCCCUGCAGGUCUGUGGAAGAUGCUGUCCAGCAGGAGUUGAGACCUUCAGAUUCAUCAGCGAGCCGCUCCAUCUGGAUCUAAGGACACAUGCAGGCCAAAAAACGCUAUUUAAUUCUGUCCUCUGCGGGUGUGUGUCUCAUUCUCCUCUUUUACCUGCAGGGACCAGCGUCCAGAAGGAGUCCGAACCGAGGCGAUGACCCCCAUCCACACUGGCCCCCCUUCUCCGACCCUCUACGAGCUUUUAUUCCCUGGGAUCAGACCCAAACCGAGGACUACAAUGUCCGCACUUCUCCGAGACACAAAAGAGAUGACAACUCCGGAGCUUACAAGUGCAGAAUGGACUCGUGCUUCGACUUCUCCUUGUGCAAGAAGAACGGCUUCAAAGUCUACGUCUACCCUCAGCAGAAAGGUGAGAAGAUCUCAGAAAGCUACCAAAACAUCUUGUCCUCCAUCGAGGGCUCCAGGUUCUACACUUCGGACCCGGGACAGGCUUGCGUCUUCGUUCUGAACCUCGACACCCUGGACCGAGACCAGCUGUCGCCUCAGUACGUCCACAACCUCAAAACCAAGAUCCAGAACCUGAACCUGUGGAAUAACGGCCGCAACCACCUGAUCUUUAACCUGUACUCGGGCACAUGGCCAGAUUACACAGAGGAUCUGGGGUUUGAUAUCGGUCAAGCCAUGUUGGCCAAAGCCAGCAUCAGCACCGAGAACUUCAGACCCCGAUUUGACAUCUCCAUCCCCUUGUUCUCCAAAGAUCAUCCUCGGACCGGAGGAGAGAGGGGGUUUUUGAAAUACAACAUCAUCCCUCCAUUUAGGAAAUAUAUGCUGGUUUUUAAAGGCAAGCGCUAUCUGACUGGGAUUGGAUCGGACACCAGGAAUGCGCUUUAUCACAUCCAUAAUGCUGAAGAUGUGGUUCUCCUCACCACCUGCAAACACGGCAAAGACUGGCAGAAACAUAAAGAUGCUCGCUGCGACAAGGACAACGCCGAAUAUGACAGGUACGACUAUAAAGAAAUGCUGCAUAACUCCACGUUUUGUCUCGUGCCUAGAGGACGCCGCCUGGGCUCUUUCCGUUUCCUGGAGGCUCUGCAGGCCGCUUGUGUACCCGUCAUGCUCAGUAACGGCUGGGAGCUUCCCUUCUCGGAGAUCAUCGAUUGGCGUACGGCGGCUGUCAUCGGGGACGAGAGGCUUCUUCUACAGAUCCCAUCGACGGUUCGCUCCAUCCAUCAAGAUCGCAUCCUGUCUCUCCGCCAGCAGACGCAGUUCUUGUGGGAAGCGUACUUCUCUUCUGUGGAGAAAAUUGUGCUCACUACAUUGGAGAUCAUCCAGGACCGUGUAUUGCAGCACAACAGCCGCAGUACACUGAUGUGGAACCGGCUGCCGGGAGGGCUCUUUACCCUGCCACAAUACUCCUCCUAUCUGGGCGACUUCCCCUUCUUCUACGCCGAACUCGGUAUUAAACCACAUCAGAAAUUCACAGCCGUCAUUCACGCAGUCACGCCUCUCGUAUCUCAGUCUCAACCGGUUUUCAAGUUGCUAGUGGCUGUGGCCAAAUCACAGUACUGUGCCCAGAUCAUUGUCCUGUGGAACUGCGACAAGCCUCUUCCCGCGAAGCACCGCUGGCCCGCCACCUCUGUUCCGGUCAUCGUAAUAGAGGGCGAGAGCAAGGUGAUGAGCAGCCGAUUCCUGCCCUAUGACACCAUGAGAACAGAUGCAGUCUUGAGUCUGGAUGAAGACACUGUGCUCUCCACCACAGAGGUGGAUUUUGCCUUUACUGUUUGGCAAAGUUUCCCAGAGAGGAUUGUGGGAUAUCCUGCACGGAGCCAUUUCUGGGACUCUAACAAGGAGCGUUGGGGCUACACCUCCAAGUGGACCAAUGACUACUCCAUGGUGCUGACCGGAGCUGCUUUCUACCACAGGUAUUAUAACUACUUGUACACACACUACCUGCCCGGCAGCUUAAAGACUAUGGUUGAUCAGCUCUCAAACUGUGAAGACAUCCUCAUGAACUUCCUGGUGUCUGCUGUCACUAAGAUGCCGCCUAUCAAGGUCACUCAAAAGAAACAGUACAAGGAGACGAUGAUGGGACAGACGUCCCGGGCGUCUCGUUGGGCAGACCCUGACCACUUUGCCCAGCGGCAGACGUGCAUGAACAAAUUUGCCAGCUGGUUUGGCACGAUGCCCCUGGUCCAUUCGCAGAUGAGACUGGACCCCGUUCUGUUCAAGGACCAGGUAUCGAUACUGCGCAAGAAGUACAGAGACAUCGAGAGACUCUGACAAAGCCGAGAAACACCUUCCCUGUGAACGGGAUGGGAAACGGCAUCCGAAAACCCCUGAGAACCCUGUUAACCCGGAUCAACAGGGAUAAACGGGGGGACGGAGACCCUCAGGGAGGGAGCGCAUUGAGACGGGGGGAAGCGGUGUUGUGUUUGAAGAAGAUCCGUCUGUCAGAGACCGUCACUAACUACAAAUAUCUGGCUCGAUCGGAGAUCACGUUGACGGCAUUUGGAUGAGUUUAGCGCAACACAAAGACACAAAGCUUUCUGUCUUCCACACCCCCUCUUGUAAUGCUUUGCCAAUGACAGCGGUGACCAUGGCAACCUCGCCAAUGCCACACACACACACAGAUCCACAUGCACUCAGAAUAAGGACUAUUGCACAUCGGUUUAAACUCUGGAUCCAUGUUAGACGUGGGUUUUGCUGAGGUCGCCUGUAUAUUUAUUCAGUUCACCUACUCCGGCAAGCGUUACACCCCUCUUGAAAAUGCAGGAUGACGUCCCGUGGAGAAGUCGAACGUGCGAAACACCGCGCACAACGUCACAGUGCCUGAACUUUCAGAUGGACAAUCUGGGAGUCCAAAGGGGUUUUGUAUGAAUGCAUAAACACCUUGUUCAUGCUGCUUAUAUUUGGAUUCCGUUUAGGUGUUCCACAAAUUGGUUCAAAGUUUUUGUUUUUUCUUUCUUUCUAUACAAGCCUUUUUGUUUAUUUUGACAUAAUUGUACUAUUGUUUUGAAGAUUUACACUGUGUCCUAAGCAGACGCGAUGCGA